AGCACUGUCAGGAGUUGACGCGUCAACCUGUCAAAAACAAUAUUUCUAAAAUUGAUUUCGCCUGGUUUAUGAACGGUGCUCUGUCGGUAGAAAUUAAAAAUGGAACAACUGUAUCAUCAGACAAAUCGUCUCAUUCAAGAAGUUCAGCAUAAUCUCGGAACUUACGAGAGAGCGACUGGAAAUCAAAUUCAAGCUGUGGAAAAUGAGAUCCAGGCACAAAUUGAUCUCAUUGUCAGCAACAGUGAACGUCUGGACAUUCUGGUCAAUAAGGAGCCACCGGCUCGAAGAAGCAGUGCCAAAAUGAAGGCAGACCAGUUGAAAUAUGACUGCAAACACUUACAGGCUGCCUUGAGACAGUUACAGCAUCGCAGAUACCAAAAGGAGCGGGAAGAUAUGGAGCGGGAUGCUUUACUGACACGGAGGUUUGAACGCAAUGAUGGCGACACAACCAUUGCAAUAGACGCAGCCUUACAGCACAAUUCCAAACUAAAUGAUGCCAAUAGGGACAUGGACAAUCUACUUGGGCAUGGCUCUAGCAUACUUACCAACCUUAAGGACCAGAGAUUGACUUUGAAAAACGCUCACAAGAAGAUUUUAGAUAUUGCGAAUACGCUUGGUUUGUCAAACACUGUGAUGAGAUUUAUUGAACGAAGGACAACACAGGAUAAAUACAUAUUGUAUACUGGCAUGAUUGUUACUUGCGUGAUUAUGUUUCUAGCGUGGAAAUAUCUAACUUAAGAUUACAUGUAUUUCAUAUGUGCAAUACUUUAAAAAAGAUAUUUUGAUUGCAUCAUUAAACAAUACUUUCCCCAAGGUAAUCAAGACUCUAGUGUAGAAGGUGAUUUUAAGAAUAACAAUACAUAUGAUUUCGUAUUUUGACUCUGAAAUGAAAACUAGAGAAAUCUGUAUUAUUAUUUUUAUUUUUACAAGGAAUAUUUCAUUACUCUUUUUCAUAUUAAAAAGUCAAUAUUAAGAGUUUUGCAAAUAUUUUGAAGUGAUAUGGGUUUCAAAUAUUAAAUGAAAGAUUUCACAAAUAUAGGUAAUAAAUUGCCAGUUCGGAACUAUUUUGAUACUACUGUUUGAAAUUUUUAAUUUGAAACAUCCAAAAUCAUUGUCAAGAAUUGUCAAUAAGUGAGAACAAUUUUAUACAACUAAAUACUAUUUUUAUGAUAAAGAUCUAUACUCCAUUUCUUUAAAUCUAGUGAUUCUGAUUUAAACGGAAUAUCAUGAUGGUUGAGUUUCCUUCUAAUUAUCUUAUCAUCUUUGGAUUCCCCAGAUACAUUACUAUGCUAUGUCUUGUGUACCGUGGGUGAUUUGGCUAGGAAAACAUGAUAUUCAUGAAUAAUUAAUGAGGCAGUUUCAAGGUACAAUAUACUUUCCCUUUAGAAAAAUAUUCUGGGGAUAGCUGGGAUUGACCUGGGUCUGCCGUUUCAGUUCAAUAAUGUUUGGCAGUAGAACAGACAAAAUGGCCAUGGAGGCUACUGAUACUUUUAAGUUAUUGAAAAAAUAUUUAAUUGUAAGAUGCAAAUUAGUUGUCUCCCCUGCCUCAUUAGGUUUCAUGCACUGUUAUAUGCACAAAUUUCAUGUUCAUAAUUAUGGCACACUGCGUGAGGCCCUAAUAACAUCAUUUAUGUAAAAUUAGCGAAAAACAUUUAGAGUUAUCAAAUUGUCAGUUAUUGUGAAAUGGGUCAGUUCAUGUGCUCAUUACCAACAGGUUUUGAUAAGAUACAAUAGUUUGCCAAUAUACUUAUAAAAGUGAAUCUGAAUUUAAAAUUAACAGAUAAAAAACGAAAGGUAGUGAAUGGAAAUAUGGAGCUAAGCAGGAUGUCCUGAUAUCUUGAAACAUGAUUUUCUCUUUAAGACAAAACUUAAUGAUUAUAUAUACAGGUGUGUUAAAUUUUUAAUAUUAAGAAAUAAUAUAUACUAAUACUUAAUGGAAAUUAACUAAUGUGUCACAUUUUGAAAGAAACUUUGUGUCCAAAAAGUGAACAUUAUGGGUAUUUUAAGAAAUACAGUAAUAGUGUUAAAUCAUGCCAUUGUUUAAAAAUCAGCACUAACUGUUGCUUUUUUUAAUCUCUCUGCCAAACAUUUACAAAUGUAUCAAAUUAAAUUGGAUGCUUUUGUAAAGCAAAACUAUUUUUAUACGCUCAUUGUCACUAUUUGUCAAUACAUUCAGUGACACCCCUUGUGAAUAUGUAUUUUUUCAAAAUAGAUACAGUCUUUUUUCUGACCAAUACAUGUAUUUUUUUCUGACCAAAUCAUUGUUUUGUUUUAUGAUUGAUUUAUUGUAUAUGGAUAACUAUUAAAAUGUGCCA